CACUGAGUCAGGUUGCGGCUCGAUGGAUUGCACCUAGGGCAGGCACGCCCCUCCAUUUGGUGCGGCAAUAGAAAGAGGUCAACCCCCCGAUUAUCUCAACUGGUAAAAGAUGCUCCUAUCUGCCCCAAAACUGCUCCUCACAGUAGAGCGUACUUGAAUGGCUGACUCUCCGCACGAUCCUUCCCACUCCGAACUUCUCCACAAGGGCCCUUCUUUCCCUCUGGAAUGCUCAGUUUCAUCCAUGUCCACUCUAUGCAUUUGAAUAUCAAUGUCGUGACCGGCCACCGUGAGCAAUUGUACUGAUGGACAUGUCGAACCCAGCGGUCGCGAAGUUGGUCGCGGUGACCGUUUCGCUGAUUGCUUUGAUCACGCUCUCUGUCUCUGUCCGGUUCUUCGUUCGCAGCGUCCUGUUGCGGAGCGUGGAUUGGGAUGAUGUCCUGGUUUUCCUCAGCUACUCCCUGACCGUUUUGCUUUGCAGCUGUGUAUUAGCCAUGACCAACUUUGGCUUCGGGACACCAGUAGACGAUGUCUCUGGCGACGAUCUCCGCCAGUUCCUAAAGCUCCAAUUCGUCACGCAGCUGGCGUACGUGUGGGGCUUUGUUACGGUGAAGAUGUCCUUCGCGGUCCUCUAUCUUCGAUUGUUUCGCGGUCACGUCUCCCAACGCAUGAACCAACUUCUUCUUGCUGUGUUGGCGGCCGAGGGCUUCGAAGAGACCAUGGUCGUUAUUUUCCACUGUAAGCCUGUGGACAAGACGUGGAAUCCUCAAAAGGAAGGCACAUGCCUCAACUUGAAGCUCUUUUACUACAUUUCGUUCGCUAUAAAAUUCGUUACGGAUGUCUGCCUCUUCAUCCAGCCCAUCCCUGCCGUCUGGAAGCUCCAACUGUCGAAGGCGAAGAGGCUCGGUGCGAUCUUGAUGCUUUCGCUCGGUUUGUUUGUCUGUAUCAUUGCGAUCAUUCGAGUGAGCUUCAUCAGUCAGCUUAGGACAGAUGUGACUAAGGACCUGGUGGUCCCAAUGGUCUGGUCUCAAGUCGAAGUGUCCAUCCUUGUCGUCUGCGCGUCGAUUCCGUCUCUCAGACCAUUCCUCCAGUGCUUCCCUGCCGUCAGCAAAGCUCUCGGCCUUUCAUCAAGCAAGGACUCGAGACCAACUUCCAACGUAGGACGAUCCCCUCGCGUGGUAUCGCUACACAUGAUAAGUUGGAGCAAGGCGAAACAAUCGCAUGUAGAAACGAACAACCCUAUUCAUAUAAGCACGGGCUGUAACGUUACCGCCACCGGUUCCUGGAGCGCCCAUAGUAGCACAGAAAAUAUCUUCCCUCAACGGCACUCCGGACCAAGUGGAAUUGUCGUCACACAUGAUGUCGAAGUCGGCGUUGAGAGAGUAGAUGCUGGCGAGAGGUUGAGCAACGAUCAAGGGCAGAUAGAUGCGGUUGAGGAUCGAGCGCUCCAUCAUAUCGGAGACUCAAUUUAGGAUUAUUCUAAUAGGUAUGAAGUGCAAGAAGGAUUUAAAACUCUUAGAUUACGGCAUACCUGGUUGUUGAGAAUUAAUUGAUUACAUAGAGAUGAUGUAGGUUGAGGGAUUUUUAAUUGGCUCGCAUGUCUGAUCGGUUCGCUUA